AUGGGAAGAGGGGGCAUCACGGCAGCUCUCCUCUGCUGCUGCCUCCUGAGCUCUGCGUGGGCUCUGGUCGACCCCGACGAUGUUCUCACAAAAGAAGAGCAGAUCUAUCUCCUGGUGGAGGCUAAGGAGAAAUGUCAGAGAGACAUAAAAGCCCAACUGGAGAAGAUCAAAGACACCAGCUGCCUUCCAGAGUGGGAUGGGAUUAUCUGCUGGCCAAAGGGCUCCCCCAGCCAGGAGGUAUCAGUGCCCUGCCCCGACUACAUCUACGACUUCAACCAUAAAGGUCAUGCCUACAGGUACUGCAGCGCCUACGGGACGUGGGCCAUGGCUCUCAGCAUCAAUAAGACCUGGGCCAAUUACACCGAAUGUGCUCUGCUCUUCUCCUCCGAGAGCCGGAGCCAUGAGAAGGAAGUGUUUGACCGCCUGCACCUGAUGUACACUGUUGGCUACUCCAUCUCCCUGGCCUCCCUCAUCGUCGCCGUCUGCAUUCUCUCGUACUUCAAGCGCCUGCACUGCACACGCAACUACAUCCACGUCCACCUCUUCACCUCCUUCAUCUGCCGGGCGGUGAGCAUCUUCGUGAAGGACAUGGUGCUCUACUCGGGCACGCUGGCCAGCGAGACGGAGAAGAUGCGGGAGGACGACUUCAAGGCGGAAAUGGGUCCCUCGCCGGGACAACGGAGCCACCUGGUUGGCUGCAAGGUGGUGGUGACUCUCUUCCUCUAUUUUCUGGCCACCAACCACUACUGGAUCCUGGUGGAAGGUCUCUACCUGCACAGCCUGAUCUUCAUGGCCUUCCUCUCCAACAAGAACUACCUGUGGGUCCUCAUCAUCAUCGGCUGGGGUCUCCCGGCUGUGUUUGUGUCCGUCUGGGCCAGCGUCAGGGCCUCUCUGGCAGAUACGCAGUGCUGGGACCUCAGUGCGGGGAACAUGAAGUGGAUUUAUCAGGUCCCCAUCUUGGCUGCCAUCGUGGUGAACUUCUUCCUCUUCCUCAACAUUGUCCGGGUGCUGGCCUCCAAGCUCUGGGAGACAAACACGGGAAAGCUGGACCCCCGGCAGCAGUACAGGCAACUGCUCAAGUCCACGCUGGUGCUGAUGCCACUUUUCGGAGUCCAUUACGUGGUGUUCAUGGCCAUGCCCUACACCGAGGUCUCUGGGGUCCUGUGGCAGAUCCAGAUGCAUUAUGAGAUGCUCUUCAACUCCUCUCAGGGUUUCUUUGUGGCUUUUAUCUACUGCUUUUGCAAUGGGGAGGUAAAGGGAAAUCUCAGAUCCAUCCCUCUCAGUAGGAUUUGGAAAAGGAAAAACACCAGCGCGCCGGGGAGCUGCUGCGGCGGUGGCCUGGCCUCCCAUGCCACCACCAGCUUCAGCACGAGCCUCGCGGGGCGAGGGGCAGGCAGCACGCAGCCCCCAGGGCUGCUGCUCCCUGCCCGUGCCAGCCUGCCGGGCUACGUCCCCAGCUCCUUCGCCUCAGGUAACUUUUUGCCCUGUCCAACCCAGGAGAUGAGCCAGAAAGCCUGUGGGGAAAACAUCGUGGACUUAACAGACCUGAACCAGCGUCAGCCCAACCUGAACAAAGAGCUGGAGACGAUGCUAUGA